ACGAGGCACAACCAUAGAUCCGGACCUCCCGCGGCAGAGACAAGCCCGCCACAGGGUAACCAUAGAGUUGGCAAGAAAGGCCCGACGGAUACCAUAGAGUGACGCCGAGGUGAUAGAGUGUCCUGGGCCCGGCCGGCUCCGUCCGUGGCAGGGCUUGGGCUGUCUAGCGCCAUGGCCUCCCGUGCGGGCCCCCGGGCCGAGGGCACUGAUGGCAGUGACUACCAGCAUCGCGAGAGGGUGGCCUCCCAUUACCAGAUGAGUGUGGCCCUGAAGUCCGAGAUAAAGAAGCUAAUCUACAUGCAGGUGGCCAUCUGGCUGCUGCUCCUGGCCCAGAUGUGCGUGGGUCACCUGAAGCUGCUGCCCCAUGACCAGGUGGCCAUGCCCUACCAGUGGGAGUACCCCUACCUGCUCAGCAUCAUCCCCUCUCUCUUCGGCCUCAUGUCCUUCCCCCGCAACAACAUCAGCUAUCUGGUGCUGUCCAUGAUCAGCACAGGCCUGUUCUCGGUGGCACCCCUCAUCUACGGCAGCAUGGAGAUGUUCCCCAUGGCGCAGCAGCUCUACCGCCACGGCAAGGCCUACCGCUUCAUCUUCGGCUUUUCUGCCGUCUCCGUCAUGUACCUGCUGGUGGUGGUGGCGGUGCAGGUGCACGGCUGGCAGCUCUACUACAGCAAGAAGCUCCUGGACUCCUGGUUCAGCAGCACGCAGGAGAAGAAGAAGAAAUGAAGCGGGACUGGGAGCCACACACCUGUAUGACUGGCGGGGUGGGGGGGGAGGAUGCUGCCAUCCCCAGGGGGCUGGAUGGCACCAUGGUGGGGGUCCCCAUUUUUGGGUAGCUCUACUGGCAAACACUCAAAGCUCCCUAUAGACUGGGCUGCCCUGCCAGGCACCCCAGCUGGAGUGUGCUCAGGGCCCCUCCAGCCCUAGCCCUGGCUGGCAGUGACUGACCGUUCUUCAGUGGCUGGUGGGCCAGGGCUGGGUAGGGGGGCAGCUCCUGAUGCGACCAGGGUACCCUCACCAGAAGUCCCCUGGCAGCACUUGGCUCUCGUGCCUCUGCCCGGUUGGCUGGGAUGAGAGGGGCGUGCAGGAUGGGAGUGGCCCGGGGGCAGCCAUCAGCCCUUCCUGAUCUCCCCAUUUCAUGGAGCAGAAAGGUGCCCUGACUUGUGCCGCUGCCCUGAAGUCUGACAACAUGGCACAGCCCCAGGACUGCAGACGGUUGGCACAGCGCUGCCCACUCCCACAAUGGCUUGUGCUGUGCUGGGCCAAUGUCUGUGUCUGAGGCCCAGUCUGCACCAGUGCCCUGCCCGGAUUGCCCUGGGGGCAUGCAGGGCCCUCCCUUCCCCCGCAGGUGGGUGAAUUCCAUGCCUCUGCCUGGGAAGGAGCAGCUCCAGGUCACCAGAGAGCCAGUGGUCACAGGCCAGGGGCCUCCCAGCCCCCAGUGCCGCUGGCUGCGAGAGGGGCUGGGCUGGGGCAGAGGGGCCGGAGGGGAGUCGGGCCGGGCCCCGCCCCCAGCACUGGCACAAGCUGCUUCUCCCACGUGGAGUGACCAGAAAGGAUGAAAUAAAGAGCCACCUUGCUGAGCAA